GGGCUGGCGGCGGCAGGCUCAGGAGGAGUGGCGGUGGCGGGGCGCUCUGCGGCUGGUCGGACACGGCGGAUCCGGCCAUCCGAGGCUCCGCGGGUAGCGGAGCGGGCCCUCCCACUGUGCACCGAGGCACGUGAAGAAAAGGCAAUGUCUGCCAACUUAAAGUACCUUUCUUUGGGAAUCCUAGUCUUCCAGACUACCAGCUUGGUUCUCACUAUGCGUUAUUCGAGGACUUUGAAAGAAGAUGGGCCUCGUUAUUUGUCAUCUACUGCAGUAGUCAUUGCGGAACUUUUGAAGAUCAUUGCCUGCAUUUUGUUAGUCUACAAAGAUAGCAAAUGCAGUCUGCGAGCAUUGAAUAGAGUAUUACAUGAUGAGAUUCUAAACAAGCCUAUGGAAACACUUAAGCUUGCUAUUCCAUCAGGAAUAUAUACUCUUCAGAAUAAUUUACUCUAUGUAGCAUUAUCAAAUCUAGAUGCAGCUACUUAUCAGGUCACUUAUCAAUUAAAAAUUCUUACAACAGCAUUAUUUUCUGUGUCCAUGCUUAGUAAAAAAUUAGGUUUGUAUCAGUGGCUCUCUCUAAUGAUUUUAAUGGCUGGCGUCACUUUUGUACAGUGGCCCUCAGAUUCUCAAGAAUCAGCUUCUAAAGAACUCUCAGCAGGCUCUCAAUUUGUAGGUCUGAUGGCAGUUCUUACUGCUUGUUUUUCAAGUGGCUUUGCGGGAGUUUAUUUUGAGAAAAUUUUAAAAGAAACCAAGCAAUCUGUGUGGAUUAGAAACAUUCAACUUGGUGCUUUUGGGAGCAUAUUCGGAUUAAUGGGUGUUUACAUUUAUGAUGGAGAAUUAGUAUCAAAGAAUGGAUUUUUUCAGGGAUAUAACAAACUGACCUGGAUAGUUGUUGUUCUGCAGGCACUUGGAGGCCUUGUCAUAGCUGCUGUUAUUAAGUAUGCAGAUAAUAUUUUAAAAGGAUUUGCAACAUCUUUAUCUAUAAUAUUAUCAACAUUAAUAUCCUAUUUUUGGCUGCAAGAUUUUGUUCCAACUAGUGUCUUUUUCCUUGGAGCCAUCCUUGUAAUAGCAGCUACUUUCCUAUAUGGCUAUGAUCCCAAACCUUCAGGAAAUCCUACUAAGGCCUAGUUAUUUUUUGAAACUUGAUUCUCAGGAUCAUAUAUUAAGAUCUUCAAACAUCAUUUGUACAUGGAGAAUGUCAGCAUAAUUUCUGUGAGAGAUCAUCAAACUGAGUCUGAUCAUGAUUGUUUAAAUGAUUUGAAGUUUAAAGAGUUUUGAAACCAUAAGAAGUUUGUUACAGGUGGAAGUGAAAUAUCCAGUGCAUCCAAAAGCAAAAACUCGAAAGAAACAACUAAAAUUAAGAAUGUUUACAACUUGAACUCUGAAGUUAAUGAAAAAGAUUUUUAUAAUUUUGAUUGCUGCAGAAAUGUCCUAUGCACUCUUUGCAAGAGCACAUGAAAACAUUUGUCAAAUAUCAAUUUUUGCAAAUGAAAUCUAUUUAAUCUUAGUAAAUGUUUUUAAUUUGUGUGUAGAUAGAUUACACUGAAUAUAAUUCAUCAUUCUGUAAGAAAGAUCAUAAUUCACUAUUUCUUAUUCAAGCUGUGAAGAAAUUGAAGUAUGAUUUGAAAAUUUUUUUUCAUAUAUCCAAGAUUUUUAUAUUUAUA